CCUUUUUAAUGAAAAUUUUCUUAGCCGUUCAAAAAAAAAAAAAACUGCAAUGUUGCCCCUCCUCCGUCAGCAACCCCAACAUCCCUCCCUCUCACUUUCUUCGACUUUUCCUUGCUCAGGUUCUCUCCCAUUGAGUUCAUCUUCUUCUAUUCCCUCCCACACCCUUCCAAACCAAGUGGUUCCAAAUCUCAAAACCUCUCUCUCUCACACCCUCCACCACUUCCUCCCUCUAGCUGGCAGCGUCGUUUGGCCUUCCGAUUCCCCAGCACCCUUCGUCCAAUACACCCCCGGUGACGUUGUUUCCCUCGUGGUUGCAGAAUCUGACGCUGACUUCGACCACUUAACAGAUUACUCGCCUCAUGAAGCUACACUGUCUCGUUCUUUGGUACACCACUUGGACUCAUCCGAUUCUCGUGCUUCUGUUGUCUCUCUUCAGAUCACUCUCUUCCCAAACAAAGGCUUCAGCAUAGGCGUCAGUGCCCACCAUGGGGUCCUUGAUGGAAAAUCUUCAACCCUUUUCGUCAAGGCCUGGACUUCUCUAUGCCAAGCCAACAAUGAAAAUGAAACACAAAAACCAUCUUUGGUGCAGGGGUUGGAGCCUUUCUUUGACAGAACAGUCAUCAAAAAACCAACGCAUUUGGGAGAUAACUACACAGAAUACUUGACUAGCUUCUUCUCCAAACUCUUCCCUGGUGAAAACAGCAACCCUCGGUGCUUGAGGAUUCUACCUUUCCUUCCCAGACUCAAGGGCACGGUUCGAGCCACGUUUGCUCUCACGCGAGGGGAUUUGGAGAAGAUAAAGAAAAGGGUCUUAUCCAAGUGGGAUGUAGUGGAAGAAUCUGAUUCAAAGCCACCUACUUUAUCAUCCUUUGUUCUCAGCUACGCUCAUGCCCUAGUUUGCAUGGCAAAAGCGAUUCACGGGGUUGAAAGGGAGAAACAAAAGUUUUCCUUUGCUUUCCCGGUGGAUUGCAGGGCCAGGUUGGAGCCUCAAGUGCCUAGUAACUACUGUGGCAACUGUGUGUGGUCGCAUUUAGUGGAUGCAGAACCCUUGGACUUUAUAAAGGAAGAAGGGGUGGUGAUUGUUGCCAAGAGCAUUCAUAGAAAAGUGAAGAAGUUAGGUGAACAAGCUUUUAAUGGGACUUCUGGAUUCGCUGAUUUGGCGAAAGAGGGGGUUCAAACGAUAGGAGCGUCAAUGUCUAACAGAUUUGGGUUUUAUGGGACUGAUUUUGGUUGGGGAAAGCCUGCUAAGGUGGAGCUAACAUCAAUGGAUAGAGGUUUAUCCAUUGGGUUGGCAGAGGGUAAGGAUGGGAGUGGUGGGGUUGAGGUUUGCCUUGUUCUGAAUAAACAUGAGAUGGAUCUCUUUGCUGCUCUAUUUCGUGAAGGACUCUGAGAUGAUUCAAUGAUUCUGAGUUCUUAAAACAUGCAUAUGCCUUAUGGAGAUUUGAGUUUGAAUUGGAGAAAGAGCACAAGCAUGCAUGCAUGCUGUUUUGCUGUACAAUUGCAACAUAUGAUCACUUGCUUUUAUUUAUCCUUUUUUUUUUGUCAAUAAUUUCUAGUGCAGUGCUGUUCCACGAAAUCAUCAAAUCACGAUGUAUUUG